AUGGCGUCCCUCUUCUUCUCCACCCCUGUCGAUAUUGACAUCGUCCUCGAUGAUCUUGAUGACCGUCAGACCGUCGAUGUCAAGCUCGACAAGAACCGCCGCGAGCGGGUACCCCUGUUCAUGGACGGAGAGUCCGUCAAGGGCGCUGUGACGAUCAGGCCGAAAGAUGGCAAGCGAUUGGAGCACACGGGAAUCAAAGUACAGUUCAUCGGGUCGAUUGGUAUAGAUGUUUUACGAUCGAGGCAACCACUACGAGUUCCUAUCGCUGGUCCAAGAAUUGGCAGCCCCAGCGAAUUGCUACAUCCCCAGACUUUUCCAUUCAACUUCAAGAAUGUCGAGAAACAAUACGAAUCCUACAAUGGUAUCAAUGUCAAGUUGCGCUACUUCGUCCAAGUCACCGUCUCACGGCGCAUGGCCGACGUCAUCCGUGAGAAGGACCUUUGGAUGGAUGUCGGAAUCGAAGACUGCCUGCACAUCGAAUUUGAAUACUCCAAAUCCAAAUACCAUCUUAAAGACGUGAUUGUCGGCCGGAUCUACUUCCUGCUAGUGCGGCUAAAGAUCAAACACAUGGAGUUAUCCAUCAUUCGACGAGAGACCACCGGGUCUCCACCCAAUCAAUAUAAUGAGAGCGAGACGUUGGUACGCUUCGAGAUCAUGGAUGGAUCACCUUCCCGAGGUGAAACCAUUCCUAUCCGUUUGUUCCUCGGUGGUUUCGAUCUGACGCCCACUUUCCGAGACGUCAACAAGAAGUAUUCGACACGAUACUACCUCAGUCUAGUGCUGAUCGAUGAAGAUGCUCGACGCUACUUCAAGCAAUCCGAAAUCGCCCUUUAUCGCCAAGCCCCUGAGAUUGCUGCGACACCACAGAUUGCCCAGCAACAGCAGAUCCAACAGCAGGUCCUGAUGCAGCAACAGCAGCAGGCCCUUCCGCCAGGAUCUGCCACCGCUGGGCCAGGACGUGAACAGCCCAGACCGCAGCCCGUCUCAGCGCCGGUGGCGUAG